AUGUCCGGCAUCGGUCAGGAGCUGCCUUCUGAGGCUGUCGGGCCAGCGAUCGGCGUAUCAGUCUAUAGUUUGAUAUGUUUGAUCUUGAGUUGUGCUCUGCUGUGGGCCACAAUUGCCCACCGGGAGUGGAAGAGUUAUGUGGCAUUCUUUGCCUUCUUCACAUCCCUGAGCACAAUAGCUUCCAUGGCACAACAGCUCCACACAUACCUCCAGUGGACUUCGAUCAAGCUUGACCAGUUUGAUUAUGUGAGCACACGAGCCGGAAAUCCUGAGUUAUCCGUGGCCGGGGCCUCGGAAGGCAUUGAUCUUGUGUUGUUCUAUAUUCAAUACUAUUGUUACAAUGUUGAAUCCAUUCUCGUCGUCUCAUGGUGUACAGAGCUGGCUUACUCUAUCUACCAUUUGAAAGCAACGGGAUCAGCUACUCGAUACGGAAGCUAUUCCGCCAAAACUACCGCAGUCAUUCUUCCCAUCGUCCAAGUGAGCUUGAUGCGAACCGACGUUGUUCAAAGCUCAACCAUUGGAUUCUACUUCCUUGCAAACGUGAUUAUGGGUGUCAGCCUUUCGCUCGGCACGAUCCUCCUUCUGGCUAUCCUUGCGAGAUAUGUGGCAACAAGAGCCUCGACGUCCUGGCAUGUUGGUUACGCUGAUCGUUCGACUAUUGCUGGAAAUGGCCCUUCAACUACUCAAAGCACGGUCGCUGCAAGUCUUGCCAGCAGUACUGGCGGAGUCCCACUGCAACAGAAGAGCAUCUAUGACAGUUGGCUGGUUACCCGUUUCACUCUUACCUUCGCGGGUUUAUCAGCAUUCCAGCUGGUGGUCAUCACGAAUGAAAUCAGCUUUGCCAGAGAUAAUGGCAAAGGUUCCCAGGGAUCUGUUGUUAAUCUGACCUAUCAACGAGCCAUUGGAGACGUUUUGACCUUUCUGCCGGGCGUUUCCGCUAGUCUCCUCGCCUUCAUAGUCUUUGGCACAACGAAGUCUUUUCGAGAUUAUUUCUACCGGAAAUUGGUACCGAGGCGCAUACGGAGACGUUGGAGGAAAACACUGAGGAGCCCACCCGUCGUCGCGAUACCUUCUCGAUAUCCGAUCCCGGACACCCCCGGGCAAUCGGAAUUCUUCGAACUCGAUGGUGGAGAGUCGGGUCUGGGCCCAGGAGUCCAUCAGCAUGCCAGCCGCUCACCCGGCGUCAGUUCUGUUAGCUUCGCUGGAAAGGGCCCGGAGGACGAAUUACCAAUUCUGUCAAUUAGACCGCACAGAUAA